GACAUCUUUACGCCAGCACGGUCGACAACAAGAUCUUUGACUUGGCCAGCUGCCCGCCGCGGCUCAUUGCCGACCUUUCUCCUCCAGGAUGUUUGGACAUAUACUCGUGUGGACAGUUAACAAGUCUACGCCUCGACCCUGCAAGUAAAACACUGCUAGCCCUGGAUACCUACAGGGGACUGUUUGUAGUUCAGCCUGAAACUGGCGACAUCAGGCUAAUGUAUCCAGUCGGCACGCCCAUCAAUGGCCGCCCACCUGUGCAUCUCAACGACAUGGUGAUCACCCCUGAUGGGGUCAUUAUCAUCACAGACUCCAGCGAUACCUUCCCCAUGGACGACGAUGUUUAUGUUUGUAUGGACGGAAGACCUACUGGCAGGAUGGUGGCACUGCAUCCAAAUAACGGAUACAUGUCCGAGCUGGUGCCUGGACUUUUUAACUUCCCCAACGGUGUGGAGCUGAGCCAGGAUGGAGACCUUCUUGUUACAGAAACAUGCCGAGCUGCAGUUCACAGGGUCAGUUUGAAGCGACACUCGUGGAUGCAGGUGACUCCUUUCGCCGAGAACCUGCCGGGACUUCCAGACAACAUCCGCUCGUCGGGACGAGGCACCUACUGGGUCGGCAUGACCUACGCUAGACACGCUGGCGUCAGUAAUCCAGUUGAUGAUUACUCGGCAAACCCCAUGUACCGUAAUAUGGGUUAUCGUAGGAUGUCAAAGCAGACCAUCAGAGAUAUGUUUACCAAAUGGGGCAUUGUCGUGGAACUAGACGGCAUGGGAAGAAUCAUUACAACCCUGCAUGAUCCUACUGGAAUGACCUUGGCCUCCAUCACUGAAGUCAACGAAUACGGCGGCGUGCUCAACAUCGGCAGCCACCUGGUGGACUACAUGGUCAGGAUAGUCAGUCCCUCAAUCAAACAGAGCAAGGAAUCCGUGGAGAGUCUCAUCCAG